UAUAUUCAAAGAACUAUGUUAAACUUAUUGAAGAACAAUUAUAUUUUUCCAAAAGUUUCAUCUCAAUUCAGGAAUUUGUGUUCAUUUUCGCAGAAAAAAAAUAAUCGACUAUUAGUCGACAUGUCAGUUGAAGAAGGACCUCUACGGUUGGUAUUUCCUGCCAUCCGCGAAGAAAUCAUAGAAGAACAUUUAGUUCUAAAGGAUAAUUCUGAAUUGAGAGAUCGAUGCGAGAAACUUAUCGAUUAUAACGCCAAUGUAGAAACACCAUUCUUACCUGCUUCUCUUUUAUUCCUUCACACUUACAAAUUAUUGGAGAAACCAUCUUUGCUAAACGACGAGAACUUAAAAAAAGCAUACAUUUUGGCAUGGUGUCACAAAUUGGAUGAUGUUCUUGACCUUUAUGAUCUUAAAGGUAAUAUUCUAAAGACAUCAUGUAACGAUAUUUCUUUGGGUAGACCAACUUGGCUGUCAAUGGAGGCUUACAAAAGAGCAAGUGCUGCUCAAAAGAAAAUUUUAGAAGAACACUUUGGUAAAAAUUGUGAGGAAUCGACCGAAAAAAUUCUUGCUCCAUUUGGCUCGUCCCUGAAGCUCAGGGACGAUCUCGCGGCUCCCACGCUUCCAAAAGUUCUGCGUUAUCUGAAGGCACCUUUGGUACGAAGACAAACGGUUCGUCGCAAUCCCAGCUACGCCUGCUUCAGGCACUGCCGUGAGGGCAAACAGUUGUUCUUAACCCAUAGAUAUGUAAUAAUGUUCUUAACCUUUUGA